AUGCCUGCUAUUUUAAAUUACGUUAUCAUCACCGCAAAUAUAGUCCUCACCAUCUUACGGGAGCUGGUCAUGGUGCGGGCAAUAAUUGUAGAGCGAAAUCUGCACGCUUACUACAAGCUGCCCGUAAGACCAAUGGAAUACUCACAAGAUUAUCAUAUAUUGCAGUGUCCUUUCCAAAAUACCACAGCUAUACCCACACCAGAGAAUAUGGAGAUUUGCGUGAUUGUUAAUGCUUACAAAGAGGAAGUCAAAAAUGCGACAAUGGCGCGAACAUUAAAAACUCCAUUACAUACAAAAGUGAAAUACCAUGUGACACGUAGAUAUCGAAAGAAUCCCAAGCGACUAAAGAAAAUACGCAAAAUAAGCCCGUAUAUGAUAGUAAUAAGACCGGUACGAAUGAGAGCGGAAACAAGUUGUGCCUUGGUAGCCAAAGCUUUGGCUCAACAACAAGCUCCCUCGUAUAGUGAACAUUUGGGAAUUGUAAAAAAGGACAAUAGUCGUUCGUUUGAGCAUGAAAAAACGUUGGAGGGGCAAAAACUGACCGAUCAACGAAUGCUCGAUACAAAGCUGGCUCAUGUUUUCGCAAAGGUCACGCCAAUUACAGAGAAUACGACCGAGGAAGGAAAUUUGGAUGCAAACGAAGACAGAAAAGAAAAUAAGGAUGCCAUGGAAAAUGAUGAGGUCAGCUCGAAAGAAUUGUCGGACGAAGAAUACCCUGAUUAUGACACUCGUAUGCCAGAAAAUAAAAACGUGCCGGAAAACUCGGUGUUGAGAUAUCUUGGUGCUCAGGCGGCUAUCAAAAAACUAAGUCAAAAAUACAAAGCAGAUCAAGCUCCUAGUGAGCACGCUGAAAAGUCUUUUGAGGAAUCUAAUAAUUAUCAAGCUGGUGAAAAAUUGCAAGGCUUUCAAAACUAUUAUCAUAGGGAUGAGAUUUUCAAUGAUCACAUUUUUUACGAUGAUCUUCAGCAACAUGGACAUUACAAUGAACGUGGACGAAGACAUGAAAGGAACUAA